AAUGAAGCUUGGAACGAGUCUCUUCACAUAAAAGAAAUUUUAGCAAAAAUGUUCCGAAUAACGCCCUACGUUUACAAUAGUAGGGUUCUAUUGUACCACCAUUACCCAGUUCACAUACAAAUACUUACAAUUACACGCUCCCCACCUACCCUCAAGUACAAAGACCCAACUGAACGUGAAACCUGUCCACCACCAUUACCCCCGCCCCCUCCACCGCCCAAGGACGACCGCCUGCUCUGGGGUACGCUGACCGUAAUGUUCCUGGCUGGAGGUUUUGCUGUUUACGCGAAACAAAAUCCAGAAGUUCGUGAUUGGUUAUCACUGUACGCACCAUGGUUCGACGAUUUCAUAGCUCUUGCGUACCAGGAGAACAUGACAUACGGAGAGUUUGUGACGAAGAGUUUCGAUAAUUUUAGAAACUGUUAUUUACAGUUAUUUUUGAAGUAUUUCACUGACCCGAAGCCCAAGAAGUGCUCCAAUAAUGGCCAGUCUAUAUCAUCCAUUUCUGAAGGACCUAAAGAAAAAGAGCCUAAGGAGACUGGACCAAAAGAGAAAGCAUCUAAAGAGAAGAUAACUGACGUAAAAGAAGAAGAAAACAAAGAACCGGAGCAAACUUCUUGUGAGAUUUUACCUCCACCAGUGUUGAUGAAAGACGUUUGUGAGAUCGAGACUUGCUUUAGGGAUUUGGGCGACUCUAUCAUUAAUAAUUAUUUGACCGCAAGAGAUGCAUGUGCUUAUUAUAAUAAGUUAGUAGAAGAAAUAAUGGAGAACUUCUGUAUGAAAUCGUUGAAAGGAUUGCACUCGGCGAUGGCAGAGCGAAUUGAUUUAGUCAACGUAUCCCUUAAAAAUGUCGAGAAUGCAACUGUUAAAAUAGACGGACUAACACAUUAUUUCGAAUGCGGCGUGAAGGCUCCUUGCGAGGCAAUGAAGAACACUAGAUGCCUUAUGAAGGACUACCGUGACAAAAUUAAAGGCAUGAUGAUGGAAUACGAGUGGCAGAAUGAUAAAUCUGUGGCAUUAGACGCGCUGUGGCAAAAGGUGGAACAAUUGAUGUUAAAAUAUACAGAAGAAAACGAGACACUAUUUCCUGGACUAAAAUACACUCAUAACAAACCUUCGAUGCAAGGAGACGCAGAUUUACUUCUCUACCAUACAUUACGUUAUUCACAACAAUUGCAAGAGGAGUUAAAAGAUGCCAGUGCGGGCAUGACCGAAAGAGUGAACAGAGCUGUCAAUACUCUACCGCAUUGUGAAAAAGAAAAGAAAAUAUGGCAAGCAAAUCUACAUUCAGAGCUUAAGAGAAAAAGAGCCGACUUGGAGAAAGAAUUUAAGAGACGAUAUGAAGAUUUAAAAGCUGCUAAUGAUAUGACUUUGAAAGAAGCUUUGAAGAAACAGUUGGCGAGACACCAAGAAAAUGUGCAAACAAGACUUCUUCAGAAAGAGAAAGAGGUAAUGGUGAAGUUCAAUAAAAUGGUAGCGGAGAAUGUGGCGACUGAAAGAAGAAUGUUCGCCCAUCAACUUAAAGAAAUGGCAGCAAAACUGAAAAUUGUCGAGGAUAAACUUAAUGAGCGCUUAAAAGCCGAGCGAGAGACUCGCAGAUCCCAAGAGCUAUGGGCUGCGGGCGCAUCCUUACUCGCCGCCACCAAAAAGGGCGACCCUAUAGUGAAGGUUAACAAGGAAUUGCAAGCCAUUGAGAAGGCUUCUGGCGAUGAUGAUAAGUUGGUGAUGACUGUUCUAAAGGCUAUACCGGACUCUGUACGGGAGAAAGGCAUUGUACCUGAAAGUGUGCUUCGUGAGAGAUAUCAUGUGAUGGAGAAAACUGCAUUGAAGGUAGCCUUAGUGGAGCAGGAUGGUGGACCACUGCCGAUCUUCUUUUUGUCUUGGUUGCAAUCUAUUCUACUGUUUAUGAAGGUUUCAGGCAUACCACAAGGAGAAAUUGACAAACCACUCCAGGAGCCAUUUAAUAAUUUAGACACGUUCGAUUUGUUACAAAGAGCCAGAUUUUGGAUUGAACGCGGCAACUUGGCAGCGGCGCUUCGCUACGUGGAUUCCUUGAAGGGGGCGUCUCGUGCCGCGGCUUCCUCGUGGCACGACGCCGCUAAAUCACACUUGGAGACCAGGCAAGCAGCUGAAGCGGUGCUGGCUCAUGCUGCUGCGUUGGGCUUGCAAUACAUUUAGAGUUAUUUUGGACAAAAAACUUCGUGUCUUCAGAAGCACCCACUCUGUUAAUAUGAUUUUAAAUGUAAAUGUCAUCUAGUAAAGUGAUAUAAAUAAAUAUUUUUUCUUAG